AUGAGCCUUACCUCGCGAGUAUACAGCCUGUUUUCGACGACGGCGCAAUCCGAUUCAUCCACAACAUCACGCGCGGCGACACCCACCUACAACGAUGGGAUAAAGGAUAUUGGCGUCAUUCAGGGUGAUCGCAAGAAUGAAGGUUUCGAUAUGGAGGAGGAAGAGCCGCGGCCACCGUAUCUGCAUGCAAUGUUAGCAGGCGGAACAGGAGGCACCUGUGGUGACAUGUUGAUGCACUCUCUUGAUACCGUCAAAACUCGCCAACAAGGCGAUCCGAAUAUCCCUCCCAGAUAUACCUCCAUGACCGCAUCGUACGCCACCAUCUAUCGGCAAGAAGGCUUCUUUCGUGGCUUGUACGGUGGAGUGACGCCAGCUGCACUUGGUUCCUUCCCGGGAACAGUCAUCUUCUUUGGCUGUUAUGAGUUCACCAAACGGGCAAUGAUCGAUGCCGGCAUCAAUCAGAACAUCGCAUACCUGUCCGGUGGUUUCUUCGCCGACCUGGCAGCAUCGGUUGUCUAUGUUCCGUCAGAGGUCCUCAAGACUCGACUUCAAUUACAAGGUCGCUACAACAAUCCGUAUUUCAAUUCAGGCUACAACUACCGCGGCCUGACCGACGCGUUCCGGACCAUCGUGCACAGGGAGGGCUUCUCAGCGCUGUAUCAUGGGUACAAGGCAACGAUCUAUCGCGACCUUCCAUUCUCUGCGCUGCAGUUUGCCUUCUAUGAGCAAGAGCAAAACAUGGCCAAGCAAUGGGUUGGCCAGAGAGAGAUUGGACUGGGCUUGGAAAUACUGACGGCUGCUACCGCGGGUGGAAUGGCGGGUGUGAUCACCUGUCCAUUGGACGUGGUGAAAACACGCAUUCAAACUCAACAGAAUCCACCUUCAAAAUCCAGUGGAAAAGCAAACUGCAAGUUGUCUGGUGAUCAUGUUCCAAAAGAAAGUCCCCGGCCUCAUGCGCCCACUCCAGCACAAGCCCACCAGUCAUCAAAAACUCACUCGCGACCAAUCUCAACUUCCUCUCCGUCUACAUCAGUCUCUCCUCCUGGUGCCCCGCGACUUGAUACUUCGUCGGUCUUUACAGGAUUGAAGAUGAUCUACCGCACUGAAGGGCUUGCUGGAUGGUUCCGCGGCGUGGGCCCCCGUGGUGUCUGGACAAGCAUCCAAAGCGGAACCAUGCUAGUGAUGUACCAAUAUCUUCUCAAGCAACUGGAGUAUUACCAGGCUUAUCUGGACGCGGAUCGACCCUUAUAA